UGAUGCUGCUUCUCUUCUGUGAGCAAAGCAGGUCCACGUGAACCGUGGCAAUCCCUCUUGCUCCUCCCAUCGCACACUGCCACAGUGAUAGCUGAGAAGGGACGUCAAGCUACUGCCACAAACUGGAUUCCUGCCUUAGCAGCAGGUGUGGUUUGAUAGGGACGAGAGAAAUACCACGCGUGGCUGAGCUGCUUCCCUGGGACGUGGUGGCUGGUACCCUUUUCAGCAUCACUCUACCAUAGCACCAAAAUGAGUGAAAAUGAAGACCAGGGUAGUCUGGCAAAUAUGGAUAAUUUAACAGAAGGAGAAGAAUAUGAGGAUGACUUUGAAAAAGACCUUGAAUGGCUAAUUAAUGAAGAGGAGAAGGAAAACCUUGGUGAAAGAGAGACUCCUGAAAAGAAAGAAGACGACUUUGAGGGGAAAAAUGCUAAAGUCAUGGCGACCUUUGAGGAAGACCAUGAGAAAAUGGAAAACAAUCCAGAUGAGCUUUCAGAAGGAGGCAUAGAUGUGAAAGUGAAGCCCCGUGAGGAGGAAAGUUUGAUGUCUGGAUCUGACACGAAAGAGGGAGACCAGGUUUCUGAUACUGAUAGUGAAUGCUCUAUCCAGGAAUCCAAGUUGGAAAACCAAGAGGAACUGGAUGAGGAGGUAGAUGAAGAAAUAAAGCGUUACGUAUUAGAAAAAAUUGAGGAAGCCAACAAACUGCUGGAGAAUCAGGCUCCUGUGGGUGAGAACAGAGAGCGGAAAUUAAAAUUUAAGGAUACUUUGGUGGAUCUUGAGGUUCCUCCUCUUGAAGAUGCUGAAGUUUAUAAAGCAGACCUUGCAGGAGGAGGUGAUGUUUCAACUAAGCUGUCUCAGUUGCAUAUUUCUAAUAAAACGGGACCAGAAAGCACAUCACUUUCAUUCCCUGCUGGCAAGAAUGAAGAACAGAAGAAUGGUAAAGUCUUAGUGGAAAAAGAUGGAAAGUUUGAGCUCUUAAGUUUACGUGAUAUUGAAAGCCAGGGCUUUUUGCCCCCAAUAAGUGUUUCUUUCACUGAUAUUGAAACCCAACGUAUGCCUCCAAAAUCCUCUCACCUCAGUUCUUCUGGCACUGUCUCUAGAAUGAAGGAAGUACGUCCAAUAAGACAAGGCAUACGUUCUUUUUCUCCUGCUGCAGAAGAGUGUGCCUUUUUGCCUAAGCCUCCAUCUCACCCUAAACAUCGUCCAAAUUCUGCUAUCAAUGCUGCAAGAGGUCUGGGAAAACGGAAGACGCCACCAAGAGCACAGUCUGCAAACGUGCCCUUGAGAAGUUCCACUUACUGCCUUUCUCCUAGACAAAAAGAACUACGGAAGCAGUUGGAACAAAGGAAGGAAAAACUGAGGAAAGAGGAAGAAGAAAGGAAGAAAGAGCAAGAAGAACAGAAGAGAAGGGAGAAUGAGAUGGUGUUUAGAGCUUGGUUACAGAAGAAGAAAGAACAAGUGCAAGAAGAAAAGCGAAUUCGUCGUGCAAAGGAACUAGAAAACUUGAACACCAAAGAGAGAAACAGGAAUCCAGAAGAAGCGUUCAAGUUAUGGCUUAAAAAAAAGCACCAAGAACACAUGAAAGAAAAACAAAUAGAAAUUUUGAGACGGCAGGAAGAGGGAAUUACAUUUUUUCCAAGGACAGAGGAAUGCAACAGAGCUUUUAAGGAAUGGCUAAAAAGAAAGAGAGAAGAAAAGCGAGCUGAAGAACUGGCGGCUAAAGAGGCAGCAAGGCAGCUUCGAUUAGAAGCUAGAAGGGCAAAACAGAUGCAGAACAUGCACAGCAUUAGUUCAGAGCCUAGAUCUUUUCGCUUCAGAGACAAUUACAGUUGAAAAUUUGGAGGUAACCACUGAGUUCCUGGGGACAGCCCUCUUAAUUUUUAUGGCUUGAGCUACUGCUGUUUACAGCUACUGACUUUGUGGUGUUUUUAAAGCUUUCUAGCAAAUUCGACAGUCCCCUUCACCGACAAUGGUUUUGCUAUUUAUUUAUAAUUUAUUUUGUUGAAAAGCCUGCUUUUAUGCACAACUCAGGGAUCUUCUUGGUUUGACCAAAUCAAAAUGAGAGCAAGAUCUGUUUGCGGGGGUGGCAAAUACAUUUCCUUUUAAAAGGCACUUUAUAUUGAACUCCACCAUGAAUUCCUGGAUGCAGGCUAUUAUGAUGUUGAUUUUUUUUUUUUUUUUUUUCUGGAUUAAUAUUGGUAUUUGCUGCUUGUGAUGAGUGUGCAACUUGUGGUGUUGAAAAAUGCUUUCUGGAGUCUUUGCCACUUUCUAUUGGCUUGUGGAGCAGCUGUUCCAGCCCAACUAUUCUAACUAGGGGAAGUGGUGACUAAAGGCUAAUGUGUAUGUGAACCUGCAAGUUUCUGGAACUUCUUUUCUGUGAGUCAAACUGAUGCAUUCAUAUUUAGUAAUUUUCUAUUCCAUGAAAUGAAAGAUAAUGUAAAUUAUGACCUUUGCCAAUAUCAAGGAAGCUGAAUUCCUUGUGUACAUUUCCAUGUUUGCCACAUUUAUUAAAAUAUACCACUACCUUGAUAUUGGGAAUUCGUGAUAGAGAAUGUGCUGAAAUGACUUAUGAAAUCAAGGUUAUCUGCGGGGAACACAGGGUCUGAAAUGAGCUGUAUUAAAUCCAAAAUUGUAACUUGUAAGCAAAGAAAAUUUAUUGUAUUCUUCAUGCAAACCAAAGCAUGCCCAAGAAAGCAAGAACUUGUAACUUGCUAAUUCUGGUUGUAGUAUGAGACUUAAAAGAAAAAAAAAAAAAAAAAGGGUGAAAGCAGCUAUUGUAGAAACCCUUUUCCUAAGAUAGGCACUACCUAUGAUAAAUCUGGGAGUUAAAUUAAAAAUGCUUAUUUGCAUCCUCCUGCUUUUCCUCCGCGUUUGCUCCUGUGUUUCUUCUACGUCCUGUCUUUGGAUUUAGCAGAUAAGCUGCAGGAAUAUACAUUUGAACUUGCUUCACAGUAACAAAAUCAUAAAGUAAAAAAAUAUUUUUUACUAAUACUUGUGCAAAAGUAGUGCUUAUCUUCAGCCUCCCCUAACACCCAGGAAGACUGUGGGCAAGGAAUGAACUCUAAUGCUAGUUUAGCUUUCAACACUGUGUAUUAAAGGAGGUGUAUCUGUUUCUUUUCUGAGGAUUGACUACUUAACAGCAUGACUGUAGAAGACAAAAGAGAGGGAAAAGCCAUUGUUUUACCUGCAUGAAAAUACAAGAAUAUCACUCCACAGUUUUCAAGAAUCCAUUUAAAACCAGUUACUAUUUAUAUGUUGUAGCUAGAGUUCAUUCAAGCUCUUUUCCUCUCCUCUGCACUCUUUCAGAGCUUACAGCUAUAAAGACUCAUUGCUUACACUCCUUAUGACUAAAUUUAAAAGAUUGAACAUACACCUGAGGACAGUUCAUUGCCUUGGAUAACACUAAAGAACCAUGGAGCUGACUAUAUCCUAAUGACCUAUGAUUAUUACUUAUUAAAAAUAUAGCAUUUCCUUUGCUUUGGUAUAGUUUAUGCUUUUACUUCCCCGUAAAGAUGAUGAAUUCAUUAAGAUUUGCUAAUAAGAUUGUCAAACUUAAGUAGUCAGGGGAUCUCUAGGCUCUACAAAUUGGACCAGCAUAAAGUCUUUGGUCUUGCCUUUGUAGAAGGAAGUAGUUUUUCAGACUGAAAAGGAAUAAAGCAGCCCACAGAAUAAAGAAAUCCUGGCAGUCCCUGGCUUCAAGAGGCAGAGAAGCAGAAAAUACAGGAUUUCCAAUUUUAAACCCACUUAUAUAGAAAGAAACAGGAAAAAGGGAAGCCUGCUGAACACCAACUAGUGGAAUUCUUCAGAAAGAGUGCAUGUGUGGUCAUAAACAUCAGCCAUGUUUUUAAAGGGCUAUGAGCUCUCCUUGACAGUGGUCGCAACAAUUGAAAGUUAUGUCUUCGUAUCUUGUAUAUGGGUGAAACCUUCCAAUAUUCUUCUUUGUAGAAAGGAAGGAAGAGGGAGAAGUCUCAGAAAAAGAAGCUUCUGUUGAUGUUUCUGUACGUGCAGCUGGAUCCAGUACACGUAGCACCUAUGAGAAGAAAAGCUGAGAAUGAAAAUUUAUCUGCUAAGCUUAAUAGGAUUUAUCCUUCUGUAACAGCGUGGAAGGUUUUCUGCUCAAAAGCAGAGUUUUUCAACUUGGUUUCAAACAAUACAUAUAUUAUUUAUG